AUGUCGCGGCUCCCACUCGCACAGUGGGACCCGUCCCUCUUCACCGAGCUGCAGCAUCUGCUCGCUCUCGUGGCGAGCCAGCCGACCACCUCCCUUGUGCGCCGAUUGUUUGCGUCCCUCGACACCGCCCGCCCCUGGAUCCUCGCCCUCACCGCGCUCCCCGGACCAAACGAGGCAGACAAGAAGGCCAUCGCCGAGUCCCCCAUUACGACGUCGGAGGGUGUCGAGGUCCGCGUAAAGGAUGAGCUGCUCGUGACGACCAACACGAUCGCGGACAACUUGAAUGUGUCGCACCUGUUCGCUGCCGUCCUCGCGCUCACCGCGGUCCAGGAGCGUCCCCGCUUCCCGGAACGAUCAGAUGCCGAGAUUGCAGUGUAUAUCCUGCAUGAGGCGCAGACGGCGCUGCUCGACUUCGUCUCGGAGCUCCUGCGGUUGACUGAGGGCCCCGACGCCGAGGUCGGUCAGCCGUUCGACGACCUUCGAAUCUGGGUCGAGGAUCUGCUCGACGAGAAGGGACCGAACGGAUACAUCGCCGAUGUGGCCAUAGAUGAGGUUGACGCGAUCCACACUCGUCUGGACAACCUCGUCCGAACACAGGCUUCGGGCCCCGCUCUUGAGCUCGUCAAUUUCCGCGUCGGCAGCCUUCGCUACGAGCAGAACCGUCUCGCUGGUAUUGUCGGUCAGCUCGCCCAGGCUGGAUUCCUCAAGGCGUCCCAGGUUGUCAAGGUCGUCAAGUGGCUCAAGAAGUGCACGCGACCAGAUGCCGUCGCAGCUACCAUGCUGGCGACUUUCAUGGCGAGCACGCCUCCGAUCGACACCCUGUCCGAGUCUGAUCCGCGCUACGAGACCGUCGCCGCGUAUAUCCAGAGCCCGAAGCAGGGAAUUGCGGACCCGUCAGCGGCGAACAAGCUUCUGCGAGUGAUUGUGCAUCAGGUCUGGGCCGUUCCGCCACUCCAGGAGGCUGCCCGUCUCCACUGGUCGCUGUUCUAUCUUUCCGCUGUUCGUGACAACCCCGCUCUGCCGCCGUCAGUGAACCUCGACACGGACGGUGCGGAGCGCAAGCUGCAGGAGGCUGUCGCAGGAGGCGCAUUCCAGUUCCUGACUGGUCUCGUCGUGAACCUCGACAACACUCCUGAGGACCCGACAUAUGCUCUCGCGCAGCGCUCCGACCCGGCGAACAAUCAGUUCCUGUAUCAGCAGCUCGACUCGCUCACGUUUACGCUCGGCACGAAGCGCAAUUUCCUGCGCAACCUAAAGAACCGGGAGGAGGAUGUCAGCCUGCGGAGAUCUCAGGCGCCAGUCGCCAACUACCAGGCGUAUCUUGCCCUAGUCGCGGUGGUGUUUAAGAACCUUCCUCCCGACAGCGCCGAGCAGUUCUGGGACGAACCGAUGUUCACGGGUGUCGUGCUCGACACGCGCAACCCAUACCCCGGCGUUGCGUUCUGGGAUAUGCUGAAUGCGAUCGCGAACGGACCGACGUGUGCGUCAAAGUGCUACGAGAAGCUCAAGGACACGCCAUACAGCUACAGUCACCUCAUCCGCAUGGUCGACCACUACAUCAAGAUGAUGCCGCAUCUGUACGAGACGAUCAAGCGGACCGACCAGAUCUCUCUGGAUCCGAUGGCCGAGGACGAGUUCAACCUGAUGGACGGCUGGAUGAGGUUGCUGGGAACGAUCGUGAAGGGUUCUGCUCUUGCUCGCGCCGCCAUCCUGCAGCACAAGCCGAGUCCGUUCACCUCUCUUUUCGAUCUCGUCAACUGUGACAUCAACACGGAGCUGAAGGCGACUGUUAUGGACACGAUCACGGCGCUGGUCUCGAGCCGGGGAGAUACCGCCGACGAGGCGGUCGCCAAGACUGCUGUUGACAACUACGACCGCGUCACCUUUGCCGACCCGACACUCGACGUCCGGGAAAACUCACGGGUGCCCGCGCCCAUCGGCUGGAUGCAGCGUAUGGAGAUCAACGAGGAGGAGGCCGGCUCGUACCCCCUGACGAGGGCUUACAUCCGCUUCCUGACUGCGCUCGUGCCGUCGACGAAUGCUACGGUGAACAAUGCCCUCCGUCGCGGCGCCAUGUACGUGAUCGACCGGGUGAUGCUCAGCAAGGGUCGCAAGUACAGCCAGGACGGAGAGCACUGGGAGCUCCUCGACGCCGUGUUUGCGUUCAUUGAGAAGACGCUUGUCACUUUCGACCUCACCGAGCUGCUCUCACCUGUCCGAGGCACCGCCUCGUUGCUCGCUGAGCAGCCGGGUUUCCUCGUCCUCCUCCGCAUCCUGAGCGACCCGAACUGUUUCACCCCCAUGGCCGACGUGAUCGACCACGUAGUCAACAUGUCCCCGCCGCGCAGUGCCGUUGUCAACUCGGUUCUCCUCCACGUCCUCCGCAUCUACUACAGGAUCCUCGAUAUCCAGCUCGUCUUCAGCGACGUCCUACUCCUCACCCUCGCGUCGACGUCUGGCUUCAAGCGCCCGCUUAGCUUCCAGUCUCUCGACCACUAUCUCCUCAAUCGCCUCUCGAACAUUGUUUCCAUCGCGCUUUUCGUCGGUGACAACGACCUCGCUAUCUCGCUAGUCUCUCUGAAGAUUAUCUCGUCUCUUGCCGAGUCACCACUCCUAUCGACGACAGACAUCUUCCGAGGCGAGUACUCGCGGGCAGUCAACCGUCUCGCCGGCAUCAUCGAGUCGUCUGACGAGUCGCUUCGCAUCGCGCAGGCGUUUUACACCCGCCUUGAGGCUGAGGGCGAGGACCUGGCGCCUUCCGAAAUUGACCAGGAGGUCAAGGAUGUCCUAUCCGCCAAGUCGGAUGAGGUUCACCCCAUCGUUAUCCGCUCAAACAUCCUCGAUCUUCUCGUCACUGGUACCGCGGACAGCAGCGGUCCGAACCUCGCGCACUUCCUGCUCGGCUUCGACUUCCGGGCACGUGAGCUCGGACUGCAGGACCCGCGUGCUCCUAACUCGCGCCUGUCUUGUCUCGGUGUCACGCUCGAGCAGCUCAGCGACCAGCCGCCGAUGAUCCAGCUGCACCCGGUAUUGGCGUCGAAGAGCGCCCAGCUUCUGUAUCAGCUCUUCGCCAACUCGAUCACCGGCCCGCCGACGAUGGCGUAUGCCGAGUCUUACGAGGCGUUCCCUGCUCGUCAGCUCGCCACCCUCCCUCGCACCUGCCCGCAGGUCAUGCGUGACGUUCCCGGCCUCGGCAUCGCCUCGACCUACACUGACGAGGUCGAGACUUCGGCUGACGUCCUCGUUGCCUUCCUCGACUACGAGAAGUUCAUCCUCUCAAUGACGGCGCUGCAGACGUUCGCGUUCGAUGCUCGCGGCUCGACGUCCAAGUUCAUCGCUGAGAACUUGCUCUCCGACGACAAGGAGGAUGAGGAUGAUCAGCGCCCGCCGCUGCUCAUCGACCUCGUGUCGGCCGUUGACGUCAAGUUCACGGAGGCGGAUGCCGGUGACGCGACCCAGAACAAGGUGCUUGAGUUCUUCUCCGGUUUCAACUUUGACCAGUACAAGCGUCCCGGAUCUGAGUGGUACGAUGUCGACCUCCUUGGCCGCGCUCUCCGUGCCCAGGGACGCCACCUCGCUCGCCAGUCCAACCUCGUCCCCUCAUCGGCACAGGCGAUGGGCCGUGAGAUCGACUACAUCCUCCGCCGGUUGUCGAUCAAGAACCGCGAGACCGAGAUCGACAUCGCCAAGGGCACGUUCCUGACGUCAUGGCUCGAAGUGCUCAAGGUGUCGCUCGUCAUGCUGUUCCACAACGUGCCCGAGGACCGCCAGGAGGUGCUCCUCUUCGAGCUGCUCGACGCCAUCCUCGACCGUCUCAACAACGACCUUGCUCCCGGUGUUCUCGAGGUGCUGUGCGAGGCUGUUCUCGUCGCCUUCACGACCCUCGCAAACGUCCUUUCUGUGUUCGACUCGACCAACCUUCCCAUUGACCGGCUAGGCGCUACGCUGCUCAAGGUCAUCGACGCCGCUGUCAAGCCGGGAACGACCGAGAACGCGCGCGGUAACCUGUACGCCGCCGUGUCGCAAUACCUGCAGCUCGUGCCCGACGACCCCGACCACCCUCUGCACAAGAAGACUGUGUUCGUGCUCUCAGCACGCAAGGACCGCUUCGUCGCCGUUAUCUGCCGUGAUGCGAUGGACAUGCGCGAUGUGUGGAAGACCGAGUGCUACUCGCUUCUCGCCAGCAUUGUCUCCCUUGGCAGCCAGUCGCUCAUGACACCGCUGACGCAGGGCGGCUUCCUGCUCCAGUUCGUGCGCAGCAUCAAGGACCGUGAGAUGGCGCUCCAGGAGUGCCUCUCUCCCGAGCCCGAGAACCUGCACGCUUACUGGGUGUACGAGUCGAAGAUCGCCUUCCUGACCGCGUACGCUGCCACCUCGAAGGGCGCCGACGACCUCGUCGAGGCUGGCAUCUUCGAGGUGCUUGCGACAUGUGGCUUCAUCGCCGCGCAGCCGUUCAGCGACGAUGUCUACUCUGAGGUCUCGGCGUUCGAGACGGUGGAGCGUCAGCAUAGCGCGCUGAUCACCGCCCUGCAGCUUCUCGUGCGCAUCCUCGCCAACCCGACGCGAAGUGGCGUGCAGCACGCUCUUUCGUUCCUGCACGCGCACUGCGAGUCGCUCGUGGUCCUGCUCCGCGAAGACGCCGCCUACAUUACCGUCCCGGGCAUCGAGGAGUCGCGCCUCAUCAUUGCGCUCCUGACCGCUGUCGUGCCGAAGGUGUCGCAGGAGGACCUGGCAAACCCGACCGCCUUCGGAGCGUACCACUACGCCGUCCUCGGCCUCGCUGCCAAGUUCUUCGACAAUUCGUGGGCCGACAACCUCCACGGCGAGACUGAGGGAAGCGCCGCUGCGGCCCUCGGUCUCAACCAGAUCAUCCUCCAGUACCUGGUCAAGACGACGAGCGGCCUCAAGGCUGGCCAGGGUGUGCCCGUGCUCGUAACUGGUGUUGCGCGCGCGCCCGCCCAUGGCAUGUCUGCUGCAUCCGCCCCGAGCGUGGGCGAGACGGUCGAGCUCGUCGCUGAGCUGGCCGAGGCUGCGCAGGAUGUGGGUGCUGCCUAUGACGAUGUCGCUGAGAAGUUGGCGAGCGGAGAUGACGCGCCCCGCGUCGACAUCCCCGGCAUCGAAGGCGAGACGGUGCAGGAGCUGCACGAUGCGUUCGCUGUGCGCCUCAGCAUGAUUAACACUAACCCCACAGAUAUGAUUGAGGAAGCCCUCUUGCUCAUCUGGAGGCACAUGCUGUACUACGCGAGCGAGACUAGCCCGGUCCGUCCCGAGGGCCUCAGUGCCAGUUUGGCGUACAGCAAGGCGCUAAACGCAACCGCGGGCGGAACGAGCGGCAAGGCUCUGCAGCGCGCCGCCGCCUCGCUCCGUGGUGUCCUCGACCGCCUCGACGUCGUCAUGGAGCGCGACGGUGAGGACGCGUACGGCAAGAUGCUGGUGCGGAGGUUGAGGGAGCUGUGCGCCGGCCUGGCCGAGUAG